GAAAACACUAUGCGAAGCAUGCACGCGGAUACUUGUGUGCCCGCGUCUCCAUCGAGGAUCCUGGCAGUUGUUCUCCAACAUGGCGACGUCAGGAGGGGCUGUAUCGUGGCGGACGCUGCAGGGAGGGAGUGGGCAUGGAACCAUGUAAACAUCGCACUUUACAGGCAGCUAAGAAGAAGGGGAAUAAGACCCUAUCCCUGACUAACUUCCUGGCAGAGGACAAGGGGGGUAAUGCACCCCCAAGUUACCCCCCCACCAAGUCCACUAGCAGCUGGGCCGACGAGACAGAUGACCUAGACACAGAGGUAUCCACCUCCUGGCAUACAGAGGAGGAUAUUUCCCGGGCCCCAGCCAUCGACCGCUCCAUCCUGCCCACAGCACCCCGUUCAGCCUGGGAGCCAAACGUUGGCCGCUCUUCUAUUCCUCGCGGUCCCCCUUACACCGCCUUCCUGGGCAACCUGCCCUACGAUGUGACUGAGGACUCCAUCAUGGACUUCUUCAGGGGCGUGGGGAUCAGUGCAGUACAUCUUCCUAGAGAACCCAGUAACCAAGACCGCUCAAAGGGGUUUGGCUAUGCUGAGUUUGAUGAUGUGGAAUCUCUCCUGAGUGCCUUGAGUCUAAACAAAGAGAACUUCGGAAACAGAAGGAUCCUUGUGGACAUUGCAGAUUGGUCUUGUUGGAUUUGACAUUUUGAACAUUGAGAUAGUAAAGACAUGAUAGAUCAGACACAUAGUAUAUUAAGGAGUGAGAUCUGUAGAAAGAGAGUGGCUGUGGAAUGUGCUGUGUGGACGGGAGGAGCUCAACGGAUUGCUAUUGGGGAGACGGAUGGACAUCUGUGGACUAGAAGGAGGAGGGGUUGAGGUCAGGAAGUGAGGUCAGAUCCCCUGAAGGUAAAGGUUACUAAAGGUUUACUACCCUUUUCCUGUGGAACCAUAAGAUUUAAGGAUUGGAGAGAAGGAGGAGUGUCUUAAGGGGGAUGUAUAUAACUGUGAUGGUGAGAAAUGUUGGUCUGUCUGACCCUUUGAGCAGAAUUAAAUUUGGUUAAAGCUUC